CUUCUUUCCAUUUCCGUGUCUCGUUUUCCCUCAAUUUUCUGGAAUUCAUCGGAAAAAAGGGGUAAAGAAUUGCAAAAGGAUGCAGGAAGCGAUCCCGUACUCCUCGUCCCGGCCGCGCUACGGGGGGCGCUUGACAGCGCCAGGAGAAUUUUCGACUUUGCCGACGUCUUCCUCGUCCUCCCCCUCCGCGUCCCUUUCCGGGGGCGACGGCGAGGCCGCUGGGGCGAUGAGGGUGGUCGUGGCGGAGAAUCCGGCGGUAGUCCUCGGCCGGAGAGGUUGCUUCAUGUGCCACGUCGCGAGGCGGCUGCUGAUCGGGCUGGGGGUCAACCCAGUGGUGUGUGAGUUCGGGGAGCAAGCCGCUGAGGAGGCGGCGGCUCUGGUGGAGGGGACGGCCGAGAUCCAAGUCUCCGAUGGGGAUCUUCAGCGGCCGCUAAUUCUCCCUGCGGUGUUCGUGGGGGGAAGGCUUCUCGGCGGUCUCGACCGACUCCUCGCCGUCCACAUCACCGGCGAGCUCGUGCCUAUCUUGAAGGAGGCUGGAGCUCUCUGGCUCUAAAUGACCUUUAAUUUCUACCCUUUGUAUAUUACUAUGAAUUUGGAGGCCUUCUACGUUUUCUGACCAUUUCAUUUCAUCACAAUUCAAGAAAAUUUCUUUUAUGAUU